CUCUCUACUCAAAUGGCGACCCCACCCUGCACUCUGGAGGAUCUUCUAAUGUUUGAGCAUUACCCCCUCUUUUUCUGAGCAGAAAGGUUAAAUAACCUUUCCUCUCCUUCCAUUUCUCUCUUUUUUUCCUUUCCCUCCCUGAAACCCUAGCUAGUUCAGAACAUUAUACCAAAAGAUAAGCAAAAAACAAAAUAACCCACAAAGCAAAUGACAAAGAGAUCCUCUAAUAUGAUAUCUCUAUAGCCCCCUUUCACCCUUCACUUCACUUCACCUCUUCCUAUAGUCAUAAUUAAGAUCUAUAUGCAUAUUCUCUCUUCUUUUUAUAGCAACUUUUGCUCCAAGUGAAAGACAGGAAAAAGAUUUGCUUCCAUUGCAGAUCCAGGAUUCAAAGAUAUGGUCUCUCUCUCUCUCUCUUGAAGUUUGGUUAAUUUAGAACACACCUCUCUUCAUUCACUUCAUGGGUUCUUGACUUCUUUCUCUGCACCCUCAUAAUAUAUACUUUUGUUUUUGUUUUUUCCUCUCUCACUCUCUCUCUCUGCAACUUUGCCACCAUCUCUUUCCAGGUUUCUUUAUUUGUUAGCUAGAUUUCAUUGAUUCUCUUUUUCACUUCACUAUGGAUUCUGGUAAUAGUGGAAGUAUGCAAUCUUCUAGUGGUGGUGAUGAAGAGUAUGAUUCAAGAGCUGCAGAGUCAGUCCCUUCUUUCUUGAAUCCUCCUAGCAACCACUAUGGUUCACCUUCGCUUUUUUCUCAACACCAAAACCACCAACCCAAUUUGUCUGAUCUUUCAUCUAAUUAUCUCCAUGCUUUGUCUCAGUCUCAAGCAUACUCAACUUCCAAUUCGUUGCUACACAAUCUUGAUACGGUUCAACCUAGAGGCCUAAGAUCUGAACCCAACUGCACCGACCUUGGAAACCUACCGGGCUCAUCAUCAUCAACCCAAUCCAAUCUUGCUCAUCAUGGACCUAACCAUGGUUCAAGUUCAACCCCAUCAUCGAUGCGGAUGCGGCCACUUCAUGAGAAUGGUACACGAGCUACAGCACAACCCAACGUAGUUCGCAACUCCAAGAAGCGAACUAGAGCUUCAAGGCGAGCACCCACCACUGUUCUCACCACUGACACCUCGAAUUUCAGGGCAAUGGUGCAAGAAUUCACUGGGAUUCCUUCACCACCAUUUUCGGGCUCAUCACACACUCGCCGGCUUGAUCUCUUUGGCAAUAGCUCAGCUUUGCGGUCCGGUCAUUUGGAACCAAUAGGAGCUUUUUACCCUUUACGUCCUUCGGCCCAAAAGGUCCAGCUAUCGCCAUUUGUAUCUUCCACUACCUCCACUUCUUCUUCUUCUUGUACUACUUCAUUGUUGAACAAUACUGUGUUUGAUGCUACUAAUAUUGCUAGUACUAGUAACAACAAUUUUAGUUCAACCUUAAAUAACUACCACCACCAAGUUCCAUCUAAUCUAGGCCUAAAUAUUCCCAGACAGCCUCAAAAUAUGCAGCUAAACAUGCAAAACCCAAUUCUCACAUUCCAGUCUCUCUCACAACCAACCCUUCAUCACCCUUCAUUUAACGUGCCUGGAUUUGGUGCACGGUCUCAACAAGGAAGUUUGUCAAUACCAUCCCUUGAUGAACUGGGUAUGAACCAUGGUUCUGGACAUGUAAAUGUGAACCUUGUUGGGCUACAAAAUCAUGGAACGGGAUCUAAUAACGAUGGAGGUCAAGGUCAAGACCAUUUGAGUAAUUCGCUGCGUGUUGGUGGCUGUAAGUUGAACUAUUCAGCAACUUCAUCAUCGGAUUUUAAUCAUGAAAAGUCUCUGGAGAAUGUCUCUACAAGGGGUACGGAAGGUACCAAAUUGGCAAAGGAGCUCAAAGGUGCACGAUCUGGUUUCAAUUUUAAUUGUAAUGAAGAAUUGGUUUUGACAGUGGUGGUGUGAGGGUUUGGAUUUGGUUUAGGAUUAGAUUUUGGUGGGUGUUGUUUCAAAUCAACAAUGUUGUGGUUGCUGGAUUUGGGUUUGAGUAAUGAGAUUGAGACAAGGCAGGGUGGAUGUCUCAAAUCUGCGAUGAUAUGGUGGAUGUCUUAGAUUUGAG